AGGCUGCCUGAAUGAUCUCAUCCCUCCAGCAGCUGCAUAGCGCAGCGAGGCAAACCCGUAACUUUCUAUCAAACUUCCAAGUUGCCUUCGGGAGGACGACACCGGCGCAUUUUCUGCCUGAACCGGAGUGGACACGUUCCCCGAGAAGGUAAGGAGGAGCGCUGCGCAGUUUGUGUGUCGGACUUAAACAGAGGGACCUUGUUACGAGUUGAAACAAAAGGAGGAAAACCCGCUUCGUAUUGUAUGACAUCCGAAAGCUCGAGGCGGAGAGGAGGAAAGGAUAGUUUGGAGUGAGACAAAUGCAGCGGCGGCACCGUCACAGUUGAGGAAGCAGUAUGCAGGCUUGAAUGCUGAGAAGGUGGGCUCUUUCCAUCCUGUUUUCUGCCCCUUCACUUGUUGAUCCAGACAAUCAACCUGCUCAUGAAGUCAGGGAGCAGCAUCCCACCCCAGAGGCAGCCAUGUCUCCCUGCUAAGUGCCUUUAGCCUUUUGCACUGGUGUCAUGACCAGCCUGAAGCGCCCUCCAAUGGAGCGCACCGUUGGGGGUUCCAUCCCCGCCACUGAUGAGUUUUACACCCGCCACCUCCGUAUGGUCAAUGGAGGGGCUGUACCAACCCGCACAGACAACGUUCAUGCCACUGUGAGCACAGGAGUGCCUAAAAUGGGUGUACGGGCUCGGGUGGCUGACUGGCCCCCAAGGAAAGACUUUACAGGGGUCAUGUGGCAAUCAGCUGCAGAACCUGAGAACUCCGGUGUGCCCUCUGCUGUAAAAAGUCACAUUAAGUUAGGCUCUAUAAUGAGCCCUCAGGACUCGUCGAUGCUGCGAAACAUUCACAAUACUCUUAAGAAUCGAACCCAGGCCCAGGCCAACAACUACAGCCCCGACACCCGCUACCUGGCCCCGGGAGACUACCGAGGCCCUGCACACAGAAAUCCACGACAGAGACGCAUCCGUCAGCGCAGUAACAGUGACAUGACUAUAAGUGAGAUGGACGGCAGUGGAGACAGCGGAGAAGACUGGGGUCCAGCAUCAGGAGCCAAAUGGUCCCCGCUUCAUCGCGAAUACGGUAGCACCUCCUCGAUAGAUCAGCAUGGAGCAGCUGGGGAGAGCUUCUUUGAAAUGCUCAGGGGCUAUCAAGGGGACAAAGUUGACCAGCGUAGCCCCGCUCCAGAGAAACUGGAGGACAUGCUGAAUGUUGGGUCCAAGCAGGCCAGCACUGAUCUUCAGGCAGAUGUGGUGGAGAGCCAGCCUCCUAAAGUCAGAGACAAGCCCCCAAAGAGACGGACUAAAUCUGAAACAGGGGGUGAGUCUAUUUUCCGUAAACUUCGCAACGUGCGGGGUGAGUCGGACUCCCCCAGAGCGGGGUCAGACGCAGAGGACAGCCGGACAGAGGACGUCGCCCCCCCUUUUAAGCCCUGGGUGUGUCAGAAAAGCUUCGCCCACUAUGAUGUUCAAAGCAUGCUGUUUGACCUCAACGAAAUUACUCAGUUGCGGCAGAUUGCAGGAAAGAGGAAAAACACCACCACGGGGGCAUCUGCCGCUGCUGUAGCCUCAGCUUCUUCCACCCUCUCGUCCACACACAGCCUGCCUUACAGCUCCCCGAGUGGUAGCCAGGAGGAACUCAAUUCCCGGGACAGUCCUGGUCCUGAGGCGGGGGACGAGCAGAGCAAUGAAAUGCUGCUGAGUUGCCCCUGCUUCCGCAACGAGAUCGGUGCUGACAGCAUUGGUAGGCGCAGAUUAGGAACAGGGUAUCAUGGAGCAACUAACAGUGGCUCAGGGUCCCUUAGUGGGGACGGAAACUUGUACGAAACAUCUGUGAGCACGCACUGCACUAACGCUGGGGUAGCAGUGCUCGAGGGACCGAAGGAAGGCCCCAGCACACUCAGCGAAAAGGGCAAACAAUACAUUGUGGAGCAUGUGGACCUGGGAGCCUACUACUACAGGAAGUUCUUCUACCUUCGGGAGCACUGGAACUAUUUUGGGAUCGAUGAGGCGUUGGGUCCGGUGGCGGUGAGCCUGCGCAGGGAGAAGCUGGAGGAGGACAAGGAGCACGGCCAGCAGUAUAACUACCGGCUCAUCUUCAGAACCAGCGAGCUGACCACUCUGCGAGGCUCUGUCCUGGAGGAUGCAGUGGCUUCCACUUCUAAGCAUGGUACCACCCGGGGUCUGCCCAUCAAGGAGGUACUGGAGUACAUUCUCCCUGAGCUGGAUCUGUCCUGCCUCAGACUGGCCCUCAACACUCCCAAAGUCACCGAGCAGCUCAUGAAACUGGAUGAACAAGGGCUGAGUUUUCAGGUGAAGGUUGGGGUGAUGUACUGCCGAGCGGGCCAGAGCACCGAGGAGGAGAUGUACAACAAUGAGACGGCUGGACCGGCCCUGGAAGAGUUCCUCCAGCUGUUAGGGGAGAAGGUUCGCCUCAAGGGCUUCACCAAGUACAGAGCCCAGCUGGACACCAAAACGGAUUCCACCGGUACUCACUCGCUCUACACGACUUACAAGGACUAUGAGAUCAUGUUCCAUGUGUCGACGCUGCUGCCUUACACACCCAACAACAAACAACAGCUGCUGAGGAAGCGCCACAUAGGGAACGACAUAGUGACCAUCGUGUUCCAGGAGCCUGGCGCUCACCCCUUCACCCCCAAGGCCAUCCGCUCUCACUUUCAACAUGUCUUCAUCAUCGUACGAGUGCACGAUCCCUGCUCUGACAACACGUGCUACAGUGUGGCUGUCACCCGUUCCCAGGACGUCCCCUCCUUCGGCCCACCAAUUCCCAAGGGUGUGACCUUUCCCAAGUCCACUGUUUUCAGGGACUUCCUGCUGGGCAAAGUCAUCAACGCUGAGAACGCAGCCCACAAGUCAGACAAGUUUGGCGCCAUGGCAACACGCACACGGCAGGAGUAUCUGCGGGACCUGGCAGAGCGUCACGUGACCAGCACGCCAGUAGAACCCACUGGGAAAUUCCCCUUCAUCUCUCUGGCGCACAAACGACGGGAGAAGAUGCGUCCAUACAGCGGAGCAGAGCUGCGGAGCCUGGGAGCUGUGACCUGGCAGGUUCAUGCUGAAGAUCAAGUAGCUGGUGCUGAACGUGAAUGCCUGUUGGCCAUUUCAAAUGACUUCAUCAUCCUGUUGGAUCAGGAGGCCAAAGCCGUUGUGUUUAACUGCGCCACACGUGAUGUGAUUGGUUGGUCAACGGGGAGCCCCGCCUCCAUGAAAAUCUACUACGAGCGCGGUGAGAGUUUAUCACUGCGCUCCAUCAAUAACAACACAGAAGACUUUGGAGAGGUUGUCAAGAGACUGGAGCUGUUGACCAAGGGCAGUCAGACCACAGAGAUGACCCUGCGCCGUAACGCCCUGGGCCAGCUGGGCUUUCAUGUCAACUUUGAGGGUAUUGUCGCUGAGGUGGAGCCUUAUGGCUAUGCUUGGCAGGCUGGGCUCAGGCAGGGCAGCCGAUUGGUGGAGAUUUGCAAGGUGUCGGUGGCCUCGCUGUCGCACGAGCAGAUGAUCGACCUGCUCAGAACCUCUGUCACUGUCAAGGUGGUCAUCAUCCCCCCACAUGAGGACUCAACACCACGCAGGGGCUGCUCAGAAAUCUACCACAUGCCGCUAGUGGAUUACAAGAACCACAAGGAGGGCAUGCCCUACGAGUUAAAGUUCCCUUUUCGCCCCACCAACAACAACAACACCAAGUGGCCACGCACCUCAUCCAGCCCUCAAACACGCGCUGCUGGCACAGGCGGGACACUGAUCAAGGCCCAGCCCUCAGACUUCAGUGACCGUAACUCUGCUGCCAUUCCCCGAAGUGUGUCCAGCGACGGGCGACCCAUCAACCCCAAGAGAUAUUCCCCAGGGAACGACAACUAUGCUCUUGCCUGCUCCAUCGUGAUGGGCCGUACGAUGCACAACACAAACUCCCCUUCCAGCCUCCCCUACACAGACACCUUGAGCUCUAACCAAUGGAGGCAGAAGUCUAUGCCUGAUGGGUUUAAUAACAACAACUGCCAGUCUCCAGUGCCGUCUGCGCGGCAGGUGGCAGGUGACGGGGUCAAUGGGCUUAAAGCGUGCUCUAGUUCUGGUGUUGGAUGGUCCAGACCUGGGGAAGGGGACAAAACCAGUGGAGACACUGUGAUUUCCAAGGCGGUGAUUCCUCGACUCCAGCAGUCAGAGCAGGGCAGCAGCUUGUCUCCCAACAAAAGCACGAAGCUGGAUGCUCCGUACUCAUCCAGCCAGUCGAGCAGCAACACACUCUCAAGCAAUGCCUCCAGCUCCGCCCACAGCGAUGAGAAAUGGUAUGAAGUCGGCUCCCGUUCAGGAGUGCGGGGCGACCUUGAGCUUAACGGCUAUCUUCAGGGCGCCUCCACUGACAGCGGCAUCGAUGCCACCUCCUUCACCGCCACACAAAGCAGCACAGCUUCCUCCACCGGUGCUUUCAGGGCCAAAGACAAAGUCCCCUGGCAGGAUGACCCAGCGGGCAGCCAGAGGGCCGUGGACUCCUCACCUCCGACACCAGACUCUCUUGUCACCAUUGGAGGCGGCGAAAUCCCAGCAAAGAGUCCAACAGCCUUUCCUCUAGUUGCUGAUAGUGGCUCCUACAGCCUGAGUGACGCCGCCUCCCACUCCAGCACACUUAGUUCUGGCCACUCAGGGAGUCCGAUGGGCCAGGGGCAAGAAGAGGCAUCUGCUGCAGCCACCUCGCCCACAUCACCAGGGACCAAAAGCUUCUACCCUCGACAAGGAGCGACCUCAAAGUACCUGAUUGGCUGGAGGAAACCUGGGGGGACCGUCAACUCUGUGGACUUUGGCAGCACUCGAAAACGGCACCAGAGUGAUGGUCUGCUGGGUGGUCAACCACAGCUCAGGGCCAAUCUCCGGGGCUCCCAGUCGCCCCAGCGGCACACUGCCAAGUCCAGCCUGGAAGAAGACUUGAAGAAGCUCAUCACACUUGACAGCCCUCCACCCACUACAAACGAGGAGAAGCCAUUGUUCCCGGGUCCGCCGCCCACUCGUCGCUCCCUCCAGAGGACCCUGUCAGAUGAGAGUAUUUACAGCGGGCAAAGGGAGCCAUCCUCCAGUGGACAGCGGGACACGCCCACUGACCUGCUGUUCAGCUGCUCCACAAUGCCACGCUCACCCACAGCUCGCCACGGACCAAGCCGGCGAGCGUCACACAAAUCCCUGGGAGACCUGUCGGCCCCAGAGAGCUCCGAGCUGGAGCAGGAGAGGAAGAGGCAGCAGCUGCAGGACGCUGUCCUCAUGCCCCUGCCUGACACUGGGGCAGAUGGCCCGCUGGACUGGGCCCACCUGGUAGACGCCGCCAAGGCCUUUGAAGAGCAGAGGCUGGUCUUCCUAGCAGCCCAGGAGGAGAGCUCCAUGGCUGAGAGCACAGCAGCAGCCACCAGCCCUCAGCAAGCUGAGCCUCAGGCGGCCCCGCUGAGACAGCCCUCGCCUGGAGAGGAUCCAGCCUGCCUGAUGGGGAAGGUCAGCCAGCUGGAGUCGAUGGUGAAGGCGUUACAGGACGACUUAAAGAAGGAGAAGGAUGCCAAGGCGUCACUGCAGGCUCAGAUCCAGAGCUUGCGAGAGGACAACCAGCGUCUCCUGGAGGAGUCCUACAGCGCCUCAGCCAAGCUCAAGAAGUUCACAGAGUGGGUCUUUAACACCAUCGACAUGAACUGAUGCACACAGCUGCAGACCGCUCUACAUCGGGAUUGACCGUUACUCAAGCUGAUCUGAAACUCGUCUGUUCAGCGCUGCACACACAACAGACGUACUUACACAAAUUCACAACAUGAACUGUUUCUCUUGGGCUUUUACAAACCAGUGCCAACAUGGACUUACAUGUCAUCUGUCGUUAGCCUUGUGGAUCUGUGGUAAAAUCACCAUGAAAGACUUCUGGGGACUGAACAUGGGAAUAGAAGAAAAAGAGAGCAGUGGUGCUACUGUGCGUCUGUUUUGAUCAGCAUGCACUCCCUUCCUUAGAAUUUCACUAACAUGAUGCUUUGUGUCCGACCCGAUGGAUUGUUGGUAUUCCUGCAUGAAGAGACGGCAAGAUGUUGAAACUAACCUAAAGGGAUUUAAAGUUACUGUCCCCAUUUAGCUCUCAAGCUGACUGAAUUACAAACAAACAGAUUUGCAAUUAAAACGCUCCAACGCAAUUUAAAAGGGUUCCCUUCAUGCAAGACAUGGUGGAAAAAAAGAGAAUUAAGAAACCGGUAUUUUUCAGCCAAAACUUUGUUUCCCCGUGUUUUUGUGUCUAAGUCUCAAAUUUUAAAAUAUAAGUUUAAAUUGUCCUGUAUAAUAGGAGCAAAAGCCAAAAAAAUGAAUCAAAAAAAGAAAAAAAACAUAGCUAGUGUUAUAGCUUAAUAUUAUCUUUUUAUGUGAUUUUUGAUUUCAAUAAGGUGGAAAAUUCUGCCAGAUUUCAAAACGAAAUUUCCCUGAGAGAGACUUGGUUACACAUAAAUAAACAGACCAGAUCAGAGUAUGGUUAAAAAAAAAAAAAUCAUUUUUCUGUAGGGUCCUUUCUGUGAUAUUGUCAGAUACAUUUAAUAACAAUCUGAGCCAUUCAGUGGCAAAAACAAAAACUUUUAGAGUAUUUAAAUUGACAGUGUGCAGUUGCGUGUAGGGAUUACACUGCAGCCUGUUACAUUUUAUUCAAUACUGGACCAAUUUUUUUUUAAAAUGUCUGUUUUGGCCGCUUGGGCACAACAAAAUGGGAAAAUAGGGUCAGAUAUGAAACAAUACAGAAGUUUCACUUUAAGUGACUGUGAUGUAAAUUAAUUGCUGUUCAGUUUUCCCCAGUUCAGUGAUAACACUGAUUAUUUUUUUAUUACUAACCAAAAGAAAAGAAGCUAUAUGAGAUGAUGGGAGACUUCAUCCCCCAUAAGACACUAUGCUUUUUCUGUAGCAGUGUGAAUAGGUAGACACAGACAGACAGACCCUCUGCGUAGCACAUAACUGUAAACACUGUGAGGUCAAGUCUGUAAUGCCUGUGUAAUAAGACGUGUAUCAAAUGUUUAACUUCUAGAGGGUUAACAGCAAUUGAAACCUGUAUAGAGGACUACUGGUCACAAGCUGAUAUUUAAAAAAUAAAUACAUAAAUGAAUAAAUAAAUAUAUAUAUAGUAAAAUCACAGAACAAUAUGGGCGCCAUAAAGACAGAGAUUGACAGUUCAGUGUCACUUAUUCAGAUUAUUGUAAAUAUACGAUGUUAACAUUUAUUUUCUCACCUCUGCCAUUGAUAUAUGUAAAGAGUAUUUAUGACAAAGAUGAUGGCCACGAAAAGAAAAUAUGCAGUUAGAGAUCUGCAUGUAAUGAUCAGUCUCCUAUAUGAGAAAAGAAUAUAUAUAUAUAUAUAUAUAUAUACUUUAAAUCCAAACAGAGUUUUAAAUAAGAGAAAGCUAACUUUUGAUCCAAAAAAGCUAAUUCUUAGUGGGGUUUUUUUUUGUUUUUCGUUUUUUUUUUAAAGUCAAAGUUUAUUUCCAGCCUUUCCUGCUGCAGUGGAUUGAUUGACGGCGCCACCUAGUGUUGACAACAUGUAAAAUGCUACAUGGAUUUUACCUCCUCUCCUUCAUCCAUUGCAUGUGAAAAGGCCUAAAUCUGAUCCUUAAUUCUCUCGAUAGAUUAAAAUGGUACUGUUUAAUAUACGAGUAAGAUAUCGUGUAAAUCCUGAAACUCCAGCUACAGAGUUCUCUGUAGUGUGUAAUUCUGCCUUGUAAGGCUGACCUAAAUUUGGUGCAUAAAUGACCACGCAAAGUCCUUAUUUAAGCCUCAUACCUGUUUCCUUUUGUACUCAGAUACUGUGCAACUGUAUAUAAGGAGAAUUUGAUAUUCAUCAGAAUUUGCACCUUCAUUCUUAUUUUCUAAGAUUAUCUUUUGAUGUAUUUCUGCUUUAUUGGCUCUAGGAUAUAGAGGAGAGUGAACAGAGCAAUAUGAAAGAGGAACAGGGGAGACAUAAGACAGGAUAAGGACCAUAUGAGCCAGACUCGGACGAAUGAGGCCCUCCCGCCCCUAGCACAGCGGACUGCCCCCUGCACCUUCAUUCUUAACAUGUGUGACAGCAUGUGAUUCUGUUUCCAUUGAGCUGUGAUGUGUAAAAAAUGUUUAUAUCUAUUAAAGAUAUUUUGUUGAAUUACA